CAGGUUUGAGGAUGGUUCCCUGAGGACAAACUCUCAGGAUGAUUAUUCAUGAUUGUGUUAAAGAGAAAAGACAACCUGAAUUUGCUGAAUUUGAGAGGCAGUCUAUUUUCUUUGACAAAAUUUCCACACUAUUUUAAAUCCUCCAAAGUGAACUGACAAGAAGCAGUUCUUUCAGUGGUUCCUCCUCAUCAGACUGCUGAGGAGCCGAGGACCUUGAACAGAAAACAAUCCAGAGAAAAUAUCAGCACUAGUGAGAGAAUGGAGACGAAGGUCCACCAGUCACACUGUUUGAUAGACAAAUAUGAUAAUAUACUAAUAUGUUUUUCUCUUUUGAGUGUUUGUUUUGUUAUAAAGUCCUGUACAGGCACUCGCCGCUCCGAUCCACAGCCCCGAUCCUCACGGCCAGCUGCACUGCACCAGCCGACCGGGAGGGAGAAGCUCGGUCAGCAGCGGGAAGUGCAGACAUACACACGCACACACACAGGAGUGAUGAAACUCAGAUUUUAGCGAGAAAAUUGGUUUUUCUAUGAUGAUGACAUGUGUGGUGAUUCUCUGUUCUUCUGUUCUGCUGAGACUUUCCAUACAGGAGGGGAGAUGUUGUGACUGCGAAAGCAGUGGACGCAUUCUUGGAGAGGGCUGCUCCUGGUGGCUGGGUGGCUGGCUGGGAGGAGGCUGUGGAGGCGGUGGGUUUGAUUACGACGUGAAAACAUCGGACGUGAAAACAUCGGACGUGAUAACGGCGUACUGCAACGUGAUGGAAAAUAUGAGGCAGCAUGACCGCGACAAGAGGUUCUGUCCUAUCAGGAGCAGCUGGACCAGGCCUGUCGUCUGGACCCACAUCAGAGCUGCAGUGGAGGAUGAAACGGUUCCAGCUUCUCAGCUGAGCGGUGGAGGGAUGUUCCUGGUUCAGCAGCCCCGGAGCCCACAGGUCCUGUCAGAACCCAGAAUGGCCGAAAUGAAAGCAGCAUGGCGUCAAUGUCUUCCUUCCAGCUCCCUGGAUUCUCCAGCAUCGCUGAGGAGCCGUUCAGAUGUUCAAAGUUGGACCCGGUUCUGCCUCUGCUGCUCAAGAUCCUCAGAAAGGGUUUCUGUCAGGAUAGCAGAGACGUCUGGCUGGAACAGGGUCCUGGUUCUGUGGCCGAAACAGAGUGAUGGAAACUGAUAUUAAAUGUUGUUCAAUCCCUCAUCAUCUCCUAGUUUUGAUGGUUUUCUGUAACUCCUUAAAAUUACACACUCUUUUACAAAUCCAAUUACUGCAUUUAUACCGGUGUGUGACUUUAAGAAAAUGUAUAAAUAUACAGAGAGAUUCAGAUGAGCCUUCACAUUUUGAUUGAGGCUUUUGUCUUGAUAUAUCAGUGUCUGUUACUGAAUAGAAACUGGAUUUCCCCCUGUGCAAUUUAGAAAAUAUAUGUCCAUGUAUUUAUAAAGCUGUAUGAAGAAACAGUUGGAAGGAAACCUACGGUGCAGAGCAGCAGGUGGAGGAGACGGUCCCUGUGCAGGUGGAGAAGGUGGUGCUGGUGUUGAUGCUCUGGCCGGCUCAGAGGAUGGUGCUGCUGUUUUGGCAGUGAGUCUGGGAGUUCAGAUGGGGAGACCAAACUGUCCUCACUGAGUGAAACAGAAUACACACACACAAAGAACAAUAAAGUCAAGUCAUUGUGAUUCAAACUCAGCCCUAACAUAUUUGAAAAUCGAUUCGAAAAUCUAACUUCCUCCUUAAGAGGGGCUUUAAAACGUGUGUGAUAACUUUAAUAAUGCUGUCAAAAAACUGUACAAAAAAACAACUUGAGUUUACAGUCAAUUCAAGGGUUUUAAUAUUGACUUUCUCAUGUCAUUUUUUACAUAAUACUGAAGAGAAAAACAUAUUUAAUUUCAUUAUGUGUAAGAAAAGAGUCAGAUUCAGGAUCUUUAUGCAUAUGCUUAAAUUAAAAGUGCCUCAGAAGCUGAAACUUCGUCCGGGGGGUUUGUUCAAUAUCAAGCAGUACACUUGCCAUCAGCAGCGUUUACUGCUGGCAUUCUGAGUGUGAUUACGUGACUCCGAGGACAAUGACUGUAAACUCCUGAGAGUAGCAGAGUCUAAAUACAUUCUUACACAAACUGUCAAUCCAGAUAACACAUUUUCCUACCUUGUAACAAAUUCUGUUCACUAAAAUCUCACCUUUACCCUCCAUCGGUGACUCAAGCGGCGC